AAGUAGUUUUCGGGUACGCUUAUCGCUUUUCACCGAAAGAAAUAAAAUAAUUUAUCACUGACCUAUUUCUCCAUAUUACAUGAAAGUUUUAGUAUAAAAGGUAUUUUAGUACGAGUCAAUCAUUUAAUUUCUUUUAACGAAGAAAUAUCAUGCUGCCCCGCUUUGCUUUUUUAGUUCUAUGUGUGCAGACUAGUCUAAUUCAGUCUACUCUGAGCGAUGAACCAUGCGGGUGCGGCCAAAUCUCGUACGAAUCCUCCGGACUCAAUCUCGGCGCCAUUGAAAAAUACAGUUCACUUAGCUUAAUCCCGCCCAGUCUCAGCUUAAGCGCGCCUACGCUCAACCUGGGGGCAUCUGCCCUCAGUCUGAGCGCGCCUGCUUACGGCGGUUCGGGCACCGGGCAGGUCGGCGUGUCCGGCGACAUCGGCGCGAGCGGCACCACCGUCGUCGUCGGCUCCGUGCCCGCGCUCGGCUCCGUCGAGUUCAAGGGUAUAGUGCCGGCAUCCGGAUCGGUUUCUAUUACCGGACAGUGUGGAUGCGGGUGCCAGUGAAUAUAUAAUAUUAAAAAUAAAUGAAAAUUACGUACA